UGUGUACAUCGUGCGAUUGUUGACAGGAGACAGGAUCCCGAGUUAUUUUCUUCCCAUGUUUCGUUGGCUCUCCAAAAUGAUUUCAGGACAGUCGGAUCAGUCAAAAAAUCAUAAUGAAGAAUUACCUGUGGGUACUGGGCUUAAUUUUGAUGACCAUGAAGACUUGCUUAUCGUAGUUUUGUCAUUUGUUUCUGCCCAUGAUCUGAUACGAAACUGUCGCCUUGUGUCACAGCUAUGGAAAGAAACUAUUGACAGUAACAGUCUGUGGAAAAUUAAAUGUGAUCGCGAGCGUGUCUGUUUACCUACCACCAGGCUCGAUGUCAUUCCACGUAACUAUUAUCGACACAUAUAUUUUCAAGGCAAAUACGGAACAAAUUUAAUAAAGAAUCCACAUGGAAUAGAUUCACUAAACAACUGGGUUCUCACAGCCAAUAAUGGUGAUGGAUUUCGUGUUGAACAGCCUCCUCAGGGUGCAGAUCCUGUUCCUGCAGAAGCUGGUGGCAUUCAAUCCUGUUUUGCUACUUCAUUUGGUCCCUGCAUUAAAAGUCAAUCUGUUGAUCUUUAUGAGAAUGCUACUUGUAAAUAUUUAUUAGAAAGUGGGAUAGCAAAGAUUAAAAUUGGCUCAUGGUAUGCUCAUCGAUUUGAUUGUGCUUCUUUGUAUCGCCUGCAUGUUAUUCUGCAAAAUAGCAAGCGUUCGGAAAUUGACCACUUUACAUUCCAGCAUCAUGAAGAACAGUGGCUUGGCAAAAAGUGGGACCAGGUCACCCAUACAUUUCAAAAUGUGAAAAAUGCUAGAUAUGUCUUUUUCGAGGAAGGUGGUAAUGAUGAACAAUUUUGGGCUGGACAUUAUGGUAGCAAAAUGACUGGAGCUUAUAUUAAUUUAUGUUUUAAAUAAUUUCUUUUAUGUUAUGUGCUUUCUAUUUAUUUUGUAUUGAAAUUUAUCAUUUUUCAUUAUAUUAUAUGGAAACCAUGUUAUGUUUGUUAUUGGAAAAUUUUAAAAUUAUGGAAAAAUUAUAUUGUUAUGAAUAAAAAUCUGAAAAAUAUUUAUUUUAUAUAAAUUUUUUGUUGCUAUUAAUAAAUGUACCUUUGACUAA